UUCGACACCAGAGGCCUACGAUUCUUGACAGCCUGGCGGACGCCGUUAUUCUGUCAGCGUUAUCGUAACAAUAUUCAGCUCAUUUCAUCAACUGGCUUCCGCUCUGUGGAUACGGUACAAACGUCCAACUUCAAUGUUUUAAAAUCCUUGUUUGGUAUUUCAAAUCAACAGAGGUUUUAUGGAUCAGAUGCUAUGAUGCGUCUAAAGGUGUAACAGGUACAGGAACCAAAACUUUGGUAAGCUACUUCUGGUUAUGGUAUUGGACCUCAAAAUAAAAAAAGAAGAGAAAUUAACACGUAAUCUAACCUCUAAAUUUGUUUACGUUUAUGACAGGUUUGUGGUUUGUUGUUUUUUGAAUUUCGUAUUUAAAGAUCUGAUCUAGAAUCUUAUUGCUUGAAAAUGGCUGAGCCUAUUGUGAAUCCCCAAUUACCCUACAUUGGCGAAGUCCCAUCCGGACUGCAACCUGGCAAAAUGCUCCGGUUCCAAGGAGUCACUCAUCCAGACAGCGACAGAUUCAACAUAAAUCUAGCUACUGGUCCAACUGCUAAACCCAGAGACGAUACAGCUCUGCAUCUUUCUGUAAGAUUAAAUCAAGGAUAUAUUGCAAGAAAUUCCUACAAGGACGGAGCUUGGGGCGACGAACAAGGCAGUGGCAAAUUACCAAUAGGACAAGCACAAAGCUUUGAAAUUAUUAUUUUGGUAGAUCCACAACAUUAUAAAAUUGCAGUAAAUGGCCAACACCAUUCCGAAUUCCCUCACAGAAUUCCCUACAAUCAAGUAACUCACCUUCUAGUAGACGGUGACGUAUCUUUAACACUGAUAUCUUUUGAGGGAAUUCCACUUUCUGGCAAUGAAACUUCAAGUCAAGCUUCAGCAGUACACGCCGAAGGUCCACAAUUUGGAGGUCCUCAACAAUACGGACCGCCACCCGGUGCCUAUGGGGCUCCACCUCCGAAUUUUGGAGGCUACGGACCUCCACCACCACCAGGGGCUGAACCCCAGUCUCAAUUUGGAGGCUUUUUCGAGCAAGCCCAAGACAUCCUAGCGGGGGCUAUUAAAAGUGGAGCAGCUGAGAAAUUGCUCGGUAGCAUUUUGCAUUCCAGUGGACAGCCUCAGCAACAGCCUCAAGGUUAUGCCCAUCAAAAUGCUAAAUACGGCAUUUACCCCGAUCUACCCACCCAAGAUUCAACUCCCACUCAAAAUGUUGGAAAUACUCAAGCCCAGGAUGCAACUCUGAGUAAUUUGAUAGCAGGAGCUGGUGGUACUGUGACCAACGGUCCCCAGCCUACUCAACAAAAUCCUUCUGGUCCUCUUGAAGGUUUAUUAAUGGGACUUUUAAGCAAUAAAGGAGGCGAAAGUCAACCAAAUGCUGCUGCACCAGGCCAGCAACAAAACAACGAUGCAUUUUCUGGCUUUUUGUCUUCGCUUUUAAGUAAUGGCAAUCAAAGCCAACAACCCGAUAAUCAGGCACCUCAGAACCCUCAAGGGCAAGAUGUUUUGUCUGGACUUUUUGCCAGUUUGUUGGCACCAAAACAGGACCCGCAAACUGCACAAGGUGCACCCCAAGCAGGAAAUCAAUCAGACGCUUUGUCUGGGCUUUUAUCUAGUUUGGUACAUUCGAAUAAAGAGCAGGAAGGGCCAAACCAGCCUCCUCAAGCUCCAAAUCAAGCUCAGGCUCCUGACGCUUUAUCUGGGCUUUUGUCAAGUUUACUCAAUCGAAAUCAAGGCCCAGAUCAGGCUCCUCAAACAACAAGUAACGUGCCUCCACAACCACAAGGGCAACAAGGUCCUAAUCAACCAGGAGCUGAAAUGCUUUCGAAUCUUUUGCAAGGGCUUUUGAGCAAAGCCGGAGAGCAGCAUAAUAAUACCAGGCCUAUACAGGAAACAAAUCCUGCGCCGCCUUCAGGAAAUCCUCAACAGCAACAAUAUGGUCAGUAUCCUCAUCCGGCUCAGCAGCAGGAACAAAGAGGACCAAUGGAAUCUCUGUUAUCUGGACUACUUUCUGGAGGAGGAAAUCAACAACAGGCCCAUGGACCUCAAGUUGGCGGUGAAGGUUCUGUUGGAGGCUUAGGAUCAAUGGGUGGUAUACUGGGUUCUUUGGCAGGUUCUUUUUUGAACAGAAACGAUCACAAUCAGGGACAUUAAUUUCUUCCAACGAAAACUUAUCACCUUAGAAAAAUGAUAUGAUAUUAGGUCAGAAACAUAUUUAUUUUAUUUAAUUUUUGGUGCUUUUUGUUUGUUUUGUUUGUUAUUAGUUUAGAUUUGUAGUUUUCUUUACUUUUACACAUUUUUUUAUUUUUGUUUUUUUUAUAAUACUCAUAGAUUAUGUUGGAAACAGUGGCAUUUUAGUUGCAGCUAAGUUGGAUGUUUUCAAAAAUAGGUAUAUAUCUAUAGAUUUUAAUGAAAUAUUGAAUCUCUUGUUAAAUUUUAACGCACAAAGCUAAAAAUAUACAUUAUCCUUCCAAUAA